UAGCAUUUUCUUCUGGAUCGUGCAUUGCUUUCAACGUCUGCAACAAAGUGUCCCUGUGUUGUCAUUUGUGGCAUAACUAUCUGCGUGUGAGUCUCGAGUAUGCAGUAUGACACACUGCCGAACCACCUACACGCCACUAUAUGAACGCUGCACAGACAAUUUGGACAGUCAUAAUAGAAGAAAGACUCUCUGAGGAAACCCACUGACAUUUCACAACAUCAAAACUGAUCACUGAGUUGAAGAAGAGGACUCAAUUCAUCACAGAACAUUUAGCCUUCGUGUCCUCCCAGGACUUCUUCACGCAACAGCUCUUGAAGUUUUUUUUUUGUACUUUUUGGGUCGUGCAGCUUCUUCAACAAACAUGGCGUCGACGAGUCUUCAGCUGCUGGGCCUGGUGUUGGCGGUAAUGGGCUGGGUGUGUGGGGCGCUGGUGUGUGCAGCCCCUCUGUGGCGCGUGUCUGCCUUCGUGGGUGGGGAGCUGGUGAUCGCCCAGGUGACAUGGGAAGGACUUUGGAUGAACUGCCUGUCUCAAACCACGGGUCAGAUCCAGUGUAAAACCUACGACUCAACGCUGGCUUUGCCCAAAUCCACCCAAGCUGCCCGCGGCCUCACCGUUCUCUCCCUGAUGCUCUGCAUACUGGCCCUCCUACUUGGGGUGAUUGGGGCCAAAUGCACCCACUGCAUGGGCAAAGCUAAUCAAUCCUCCAAGACUCGGCUCGGCAGGCUAGCAGGGGCGCUUUUUAUUGUGGCUGGUCUCGCCUUCUUGAUACCAAUCUCUUGGACUGCCUAUGCAAUAAUUAGGGACUUUUAUGACCCGAAUGUUGCAGCACCCCUAAAGAGAGAGUUGGGACCAGCACUGUAUCUAGGCUGGGGGGCCAGUGUGCUGCUCCUGUUAGGGGGCGCUCUCCUGCAUGUUGGCUCUGCUGCAGUAGGGGGAGGAACAUUGCCGAUUAUUGGAAGAGCAGCGAAAGACAACCCUGGGGCUGCAGGAGAGGUGAAGACACAAGAAAAAUCUUUUGUGUAAGUUUUAAUGGGACAUGUGAUGUAGGAUUCGGUGGCAAGUCUCUCAUACCUGUCAACCCUCCCUUUUCCCCAGAGAAAAUUUUGUAUUUUGCCCUUCUUUCUCAUUGCCUGCCUGCCUAAAUAGUUUCCUAUAAAUUUCCCCUAUUCUACAUUAAUUUAAAAAAAUCCCCUCCAGUACUGCAUGUUGGCAUAACUUGACAAUAGGUUCAGAGAAUGUGCUUUUAUUGCCAUCUAGUGUCUACUAUUAGGUUUCGUUACAACAUUAUUAGGUUUCAUUACAACAAAGAGUGGAACAUCAACACUGCUGGUGACGAUGGUGAUUAUGGCAUUUCCAUUUACUUAUUUUCCAAAAAAAUAGAUUUAUUUUCAAAUGCAAAUGUUGACAGGUAUGAAGUCUCUGGAAAUUUCAAGAAAGACAAAUCAUUAGCUAUUCAGGCCAGAUUGUUCUGUUUUUUUUUUAUUCAAAAAAGCUGAGAUUGUAAAAAUGUCUUCACUUGCAAUAGGAAUUAUACAGUAUUUAAGUGUUGUUUUUCAUGUUAGGGAAAUCUCAUUUAUUAAUAUGUGUUUUCUUCAAGUCAUUGUAGGUGGAAAUUGUGGGAGGGUGUUAAAUGCUGUGAUGAUUACUAAUGUGUGUACAUACAUUUCUGAAAUUCCACUCAACCCCCUGUGUGUGUGUGUGUGUGUGUGAGAUAGUGGGUGGUAUGUACACAGAGAACCACUGUACAUAGUCUAAACGUGCGUGUGUAUGCUCGUGUGUGUAAGAAUGAGAAAGACAAAGCGUCACCAUUGUUUAUCUGUGAAUCUUUAUUCUGUGUAUUUGAGUUUUCAAGAUGAUUUUAAUUCAUUUUGAUUCCUGUUCGUAUUUUUGGAGGAAUAUCAUUUUUUCUUAUGUGUUGCUUACUACCUUUACUAACACAAUACAACACACUUUAAAACACUUUAUCAUGCAUUUCUUAAUUUCAGAUUAUUUUCUUGGUUGGAAAGUUUAAUACAAUUUUUGUUGGGGUAAACA